CUGCCUCUCUCUUUUUCGCUCCAUCACCCUCUCUCUCUCUCUCUCUCUCUCUCCCUCUCCCUCCAUCAUGGCCAUGGCGUGUUGUGGUCGCUCUCUUGACUCCCCCUGUACCCUGGCCCUGUUGGUGGGCUUCCAGUUUGCCUUUGUGGUCUACUUCUCCCUGGGGGGCUUCAGGGGGCUGGUGUCAGUACUGGUCCACUCUGAGCAGCCUGAGUUUGACUACUCCCGCCCCCACGACGUGUACACCAACCUCAGCCACCUGGGGGCACCACCAGCCCCCCACAUAGGCACCGGACCCCCAGGGACAGGGGCUCAGCUGAAGAACUGCAAGGUGCCCUCACCACUACUGGUCGGUCCUGUGUCUGUGCGUCUGUCCUCGCCUCUCUCUCUAGAGGAGAUCAGGGAGAGGAACCCGUUGGUGUUACCGGGAGGCCGAUACAGCCCACCGGACUGCGAGCCGCGCCACCACACGGCCAUCGUGGUGCCGUACCGUAACCGCCAGACUCACCUCCGAGCCCUACUCUACCAUCUCCACCCCUUCCUACAGAGACAACAGAUUCACUACAGUAUCUACAUAGUCCAGCAGUGGGGUAACUCUACAUUUAAUCGGGCUAAGCUGUUGAAUGUUGGGGUCCGUGAGGCGCUGAGAGACGAGGACUGGGGGUGUAUCUUCCUACACGACGUAGAUCUGCUGCCUGAAAACGACCAUAACACCUACACUUGUCACAAUCAGUUCCCCACACACCUCUCUGUGGCCAUGGACAAGUUCCGAUACAGGUUGCCGUACCCCCAGUAUUUCGGAGGGGUGUCUGCGGUCACACCUGAGCAGUACAUGAAGAUGAACGGCUUCCCCAACAGCUACUGGGGCUGGGGUGGGGAGGACGAUGACAUCGCUGCCAGAGUGCGUCUGUCUGGGAUGAAGAUAGUGCGCCCUCCAGUGGCCAUCGGACAUUACAAGAUGAUCAAGCAUAAAGGAGAUAGGGGCAACGAGCAGAAUCCACGCAGGUUUGACCUUCUGAAACGGACUAGGCUCAACUGGCAUUCUGAUGGUCUGAACUCUCUGACCUACGAGCUGUUAUCCAAAGAGCUGCAGCCUCUCUACACCAACCUGACGGUCGACAUUGGGGACGACCCUCGGCUGCCCCAGAGGAAAGCCACGCCCCCUAUGCCCAAACGUGAGGUGAAGGGGGAUGAAUUACCUCCCCUUGUGCCAUGGAGCAAACAUGGAUCAAAGAGGAGGGGAGACACACCCUUUGCGGCCAAACAUGACUUAAAGGGGGAAGGGCAAUACGUUAAAGUGGGUGUGGUUACAGCUGUGACUACGGCUAAACCUAAAGCUGACAAGGUAGACCACGCCCAGUCAAAGACAGUGCAUCAGACUGUAGAUGAUAGGGCAGGUGUGGUAAAGUAGGAAGAAGGCUGGGCUGGAGAUAUGGGGUGCGUCUCAAUAGUCUAAAGCCGCUCCCUCUCCUCUUCUUCUCUCAUGCAUUUGAAAACACAGGAUGGGUGUUAGCAAUGUGGAGGCUGUUACUGUCCUGUCCAGUUCUACCACAUCAGUGCAGAUGAAGGAAAGGAGAUGAUGAGAGGAAGCCAUUUUAGACUAUUGAGAUGCACACCUGUUCCUGGUUUAUCAUUAUCGUCCGCUAUGAGGGGAUCAGUAAAGCUAGCUAUGAGGGGACCAGUAAAGCUAGCUAUGUCCGUGAAACUGUAGAUAUUGUGAAGCAUAGGGCCUAGGCUACAGCCAACUCAAAACACUUCUGAAUGUGACUCACCUCCAGCGACAGUCACCGUAUUCAAACAAACUAUCCACCCUUCCUCUCUCAGAAGACUACAACACCCUUCUGAUACCAGUUGUCUGGUUUCAUAGGUUCUCAAACCUCUCCUCGGGGAUCCCCAGACGUUUCACCGUUUUGUUGUAGCCCAGAGCUAGCUCACCUGAUUGAAGUAGUCAAGGGCUUGAUGAGCUACUGGAUCAGGUGAGCUAGCUCUGGAAUAGUUCAAAUACAUGGGGGUCCCUGAGGAGAGGUUUGAGAACCACUGAACCAGACAACUGGUAUGAGAAGGGUGUCGUAGUCUUCUGAGAGAGGAAGGGUGGAGAGGUUUUAGAACCACUGGUCUGGUGGACAGGUAACGUCAUGUGUGGUGAACAUUAAGUCUGGAGAGAUUGUGACAAGUCAGCAUUUAAUCAAACUCAAUUGAAACUCCUGAGUUCCUUUUUUCAGCCAAUGGGAUGCCAGAUCUUGCAAGCAACCAAUCUGCUGCCAACCCACUGCUGCUCUCAGCCAAUCAUCUCCUAGUUGACUUCUGGCUUCAGCCUAUCCGCUCCCAGAAACUGCUGCUGUUGGUCCGCCCUAUUGUGUGGGGCAGUGUUUCUGUGCCUUCUCUCUUCUAUCGCUCUUUUAUGGAGUGGGACAAAGUUGCCCCCAGAUCUGGGGUCGGUUUUCUGUUGUCCCUGUUAUUGUUAAGUAUAUUAGGAUUGGGUCAGGGUAAGCUGAUGCUAAAUCUGUAUCUACAGGCAACUUCUACUCCGAGCACCAUUUUAUAUUCGUUUGCCCGAUCAGUGCUUUCACACUCCAGACGUAUCAGAUGACUGUAGGAUUUAUAUUUAUAUAGAGAUGUUUGUUUACUUGUUUGUUUUACUUUGAGUCGGGUGCCUCUUAUGAUUGUGUAUUUUGGGUUUAGAGACAAUCUAAUCUAAGGAUAAAAACGUAAACUGUGUUACUAAUCACCUCGCAUAGAGAAAGAAAUCUCUACGUAAAGGGAAGUUAAGUAUUCUAUGCCUCAGAUACCAUAGACUUGGUUCUAUAGUUUGUUGUCUAGUUUGAAUUGACUCUCUUUAAGUGAAUGGACUUGUGUCCAUCCAGUACAGAAUCCAUCAUAGACAUCCAUGUUGAUUUCAUAUCAUCCAUCUGGAAUGUACUGUACGUACUUUAUCAUACAAGUUUACUGUAAUCAAAAAACGAUAAGAUAUGUUUUAGUGAGGGGAGGUCUGGAGCCAGUUUUUAGGAGGAGCUAUAAGGUAACCACCUGUACUGUAUUUCCUGCUGCUACGUGAUUGGAUAAAGUAGUAUGUCUGGGGAGUUAUGAAAAUUCUCCUGUAUAGGACAUAGGGUUUCAUUAGAGAUGGUCAUUUCAAGCUUUUAUGCUGUUCAUGAAUUGAUAGAUUAUUUUUAUUCAGAUCCCCAUUAGCUAUUGAAGAAUCAGCAGCUAUUCUUCCUGGGGUCCACACAAAACAUAGAACAUGACAAAAUAUAGAUCACUAAUGGACAAGAAAAGCAACACAAACAAUAAGAGUAUUUUAAAAAUAAUAAUAAGAAAGAUAAAAUAAAUAAGUGAAUAAUACUAAUCAUAAACAUUCAAGAAUAAUGUGUGUGUGUGUGUUUUGAAUAUUCCAGGGUUGUUUUUUCAUGAUGAUUUAUUUCACUUAACUACUGUGUUACUGAUGCUAAUUUGAAUGUAUUUUAUUUAUUAAGCUACUGUUAGGAUUUGGGUUGUACCCAUUAAGCUUACUUAUAGCAGUGAGUAUUUACUCAAAAUACUCAAAAGGAGCAUUCCAUAGCAUCAACAAUGCGCCAUAUCAGAAUGUAAACCAGCAAUGUACAGCCUUUUAACUUGAUAGAAAGGGUGGUUCAUAUUAGCCACGUAGUUGUCAUAGUUACUAGCACUUUGCUGAACUUACAGUGGGGAGAACAAGUAUUUGAUACACUGCCGAUUUUGCAGGGUUUCCUACUUACAAA